AUGGAGACCUAUUCGAACUACAACCUAUGGGUUGUGCUCUUCGCGGCCUUUGGAUCUCUGUUCACCGGCUACAGUCUGGCCGUGAUUGGAAACACGAUAGGCCAGCCGACAUUCUACAGCAAAAUGAACCUGGUUUCAGUCCCCACGGAACCCGGAUACUCGCACACGGCAACCAUCAUCGGUGCUGCCAAUGGCCUCUUCUUUGGCUUUGGCUUCAUCGGGUGUCUGGUGUCUGCCUGGUCUCUCGAUGCGCUUGGUCGUAGAAGGACAUUCCUGCUGGCCUGCCUUAUUGGCCUUUUGGGGGGCUCGAUUCAGUGCGGUGCCGUCAAUCAGGCCAUGUACCUAGUCGGCAGAGCGCUUACGGGCGUACCAACUGGAAUGCUCAUCGUCGCCAUGCCGACAUAUUUCUCAGAGGUUGCUCCACCUCACUCUCGAGGUUUGAUGACAGGUGCACACGGGAGUUUUAUCAACGUUGGAUACUUCUCGGCCGCGUGGAUAGGGUAUGUUAUGAAGCUGACGUCAAGAAAGAUCAACACUGACCGUUUGCUCUUCGUCAGAUUCGCUUGCUACUACAAGGCCGACUCUACCUUUGCAUGGCGAUUCCCAAACGCCGUUCUCCUUCUUUGGGCCCUUAUUCUCAUAGUCGGCUCUCUGUUCAUCCCUGAGAGCCCUCGAUGGCUUGUUCAACGCGGACAAAACGACGCAGCCCUGAAGAUCCUUUGUCGCUUGCACCACGAUGUUAAUGACCCUGAGGAUUCCUUUGCACAUCGAGAGCUCAACUUGAUAGUGCGUCAGCUGCAGGCGGACCGCCGCGCUUACGAAGUUGGAGGGCGAUGGCAACUCUUCACAGACAAGUCGUAUCGAAGGAGAUUAUACCUGGCCUUGACGGUCGCAGCGGGCGGUCAGAACGCCGGUAUCCUGGUCAUCAACAAUUACAACGUUUUGAUCUACCAGUCCCUGGGUUUGAAGGGUUCUAUGCCUCUUCUCUUGGCCGCAGCUUGGAAUACAGUCGGACUCAUCGCCAAUGUCCUCGGUGCUUUUAUAUCGGAUAGAAUCGGGCGCCGCUGGGCCAUGGUCUACGGAUUCGGAGGCACGGUGGCAUGCUUCACCGUUGCUACCGGGCUGAUCGGAAGCUACAGCAACACUGGAUCCAAAGAUAUGGCCAUUGCCGUCACCGUCUUUCUGUUCCUCUAUGUGCUCGGGUACGGCACGUUCAUCGAUCCCAAUACCUUCACCGUCGUCUCGGAGAUCUUCCCCACCCACAUUCGCGGUCAGGCCGUGGGCAUCAGCCUCUGCGGUCUCUUCCUCUGCGACACGCUCUGGCUUGAACUCCUGCCCACCGCCCAGGCCGCCAUCGGCUGGAAGUACUACCUGGUCUUCAUGUGUCUUGGGAUCGUCCACACGGUGGUGCAGUACUUUUUCCUUCCCGAGACGGCAGGUCUUGCGCUCGAAGAAAUCGAUCAGCUGUUCGGGAAAGAACCGGUCGCUCACCUGGACGACGAGGUCACUGCCACUCCUGUCACGAACCUCGAAACCCCGCCGGCAGAAAAGGAUGGCAAGAUGGAAGAUCACCAUGUCGAGACAGUCACAGAGUCCAAGAUGUAA